AUGGGCUAUUUUAAAGCAUGGCACUAUAGCGCAACUGGUAAUCUUAAAGGCCUAUCUUCUUCUACAGAUCUUAAGAUAAUCCCUACUAUGCCAGUGAACAACAUGAAUCUUAAACCUAUUUCUAUUUCAAACAGUUCCUUAGCUGCUUCAUCUGAUUAUAAUUUUGAUUUCUAUUUAACUCAAAACUCAGCUUCAAGCUUUAGCUCUGCUAAUACCUUCAACAUUACGUUCCCUCAGCAAUUUAAUUCCAUAUCAUAUACAAUUUGCAAAUUAAUGGUAUUUGACGAAACAUCAGCCACAGUUAUGACUGAAGCAACUUGGACAGCUAAUUGCACCUGCAAAGCAGUAAGAAAUAUUAUAAGUCUAACUCCAUUAGGUGUCACCCCUUUAGUCAAAACAACAGAUAGAAUUCGUAUUUCGCUAACUAAUGUUAACAACCCCUCUUCUAGCUUGACAAGAACUACAGGCUGGGAUAUCACUGGCUCCUCAUUCGGGCCUUCAUAUAUGUACUGAUCUAACAGAUUUGAUAUAAUUGCAGUUGACUGAACCAACUACGUCCUUACAGGGAGGACUUAUGGAAAUCUUAACUCGGGAUAUGUAGGGUACGGCCAGUACAAUCAUACUACCCCUAGUAAUCCUACUGAUCCUACAAACCCUACUGAUCCUACUGAUCCUACUAAUCCUACAAAUCCUACUAAUCCUACUGAUCCUAAUUACCCUGAUCCUUCAAAAGUAAACAUUGGUGGGACUGAAGACAAUCAAAUUAUCAAGCUAAUUCCUGGCACAGAAAGUGACGAUAUUUUAAUCAAGCUCACCUCUGGGUCAUCGAAAAUUGGCUUAAGAUCGCAAAAAUUAACUCUUACGCCAAAAGUAAAUUGUCUUGACCAAACCAUAGCCAAUGGUAUAAAACUCACUUCACCCUAUAACAAUUGAAUUGCGUUUCAAUUGGAUGAAGUUAUAAAGUUCAGGGUGUCACUAGCGACUGGAACUCCCGCUGGGACUUGCUAUAUAGGAUGGACUUCAAUAGAAAAUUUACAAGAUGGAGUUAGUGAUUCCAUUUAUAAUCCUUCUCAGGUCGUUACUGUUAGAGUUAGUGCUGUUGAAAAAAUUGCAAUUGGUGUUGAUACUAUUCCCACCCUUUAUGCAGGCUACACAAGUAUUCCAAUUGCUGUUAUACUUGCUCACGCUCCAGCAUCUGAUUUGAGUGUUACUCCAACAUUUGGUGCUACAGCUUCAGGAAUUUUUAUAAACCCUGUCACACUUACAUUUAGACCUAACACCCAAUUUCUUUGAUUUGAACUAAAAAUUAAUGCUAGUUACGAUUUCACCCAGAAACCUAGACUUGAUUUCUACCUGACUGGAACUGAUGCAAAUUCUUUCAUUGCGCCUACUUCUCAAUCUCUAUUUGUCACAUCUUAUUCCUCUUCGUCACCUGCAAGAUUAAUUCUUACCCCUAAUAUUCUUACAGGUACUUCAAUUACAAUAACUGUAAGCUACAGCAAAAAUGCUGCUAUCUAUUGAGGAAUUGCAUGCCAAGGCGCUCCUAUACUUGACUUUACCGAUCUUCAGGCACAGACACAAAGUCUUGUAUCUCCAAGCUCUAGCCUGCUAAGUCUCUCAGAACAACUUGCAGCUGAUUAUCAAGCUACUGAGACCCAUGUUGACUAUACGAAAGACACUGAUAUUGGUUCUUUCUUCAGGAGAAUUCAAUUGAUUUACAAUCAUGGCUGAUGACAAAAAACCCCAAAUUCAAAGCCAAAAAAGUAGACUGGCCCUCCCUUUGUCCAAGAGACAAGAGUAUUAUGUUGCCUGCAAAUGGCAGAGACAGUUCGAGAAGGAAGUACUGUACACUUCCCUCAUAACUUGAUAACUACCAGGGAUUAAGAGAGUCUUGUGCUGCAAUUUUGAUUCAAGCAGGUUCGGAUGAGUCUCCCCGUUAGGCUGACGACGUCAAAAUUUUUGAUGGCCCAGAAGGAAAGGGCGUUAGAUGGCUUUUGUGUUUAGAGCCAUAUGAAGAGUGAAGCUAAAGCUUGACUGACUGACUGGCUAUAGGCUGAAACAAUCCCCGUUUAACCCUCUAACUAAAUCUUUCUCUUACUCCCCCCCUCCGUGAGUGAACAAAACCAUUAGAAAAAUUGCUAUUUUUGCCCAAAAAACCCACCCUCCGUGAGUGAACAAAAUUUUUUUUUAAUAGAAAAAAAUUUUUAUGGAAAAAAAAAUUUGAUAUAUAAGUGAUAAUUAGUAUAUUGAAAUCUAGAGCUAAUUCUGUUUAAUUUUAAACAAAUUGCGUUUUUAAAACAUAAAUUUUAUAAAUUAAAUUAAUAUUUGCUUUCAAUUUUUGCGAAUUAGGAUUUUUUUUAAAUUUCGAGAAAAAAUAUCUCUAUAAAAUUUAUAUAUAAAUUUUUUAAAAAAAAAUUAACCCUCCGUGAGUGAAUAAAAUGUUUUUGUUCACUCCUGGAGGGGGGGAGUUAGGAGAAUUCACAGGAGCCACUGCCUAAACAUAUGGACUGGCGCAGUUCCCAUUAGAGCUAAAUUUGGGCUAUUAGUAAUUGCUUUAGACUGGCUUAUGGAUGGCACUUCCUACCAGUUUUAUGCAUAUGCUGACGAUAAAAUUAGCACCCCAGCAUUUGCAUCUUGCGAAUUUAAAACUUCAGCAACCCAGCCUGCAUAUUCUGCAUCAGUUACUUUUCCGGGAAGUAUUGCGGAAAAUACGAGUGAUAACAUUAGACGAUUCUUGGCGAAGAAUAUGGGAGUUAACCCUGAUUGGCUUAUUUCUGCGGGUGUCACUAACCCAUCAUCACCUUCAGGAUCUUUAAGACUUUUAAAGAGUUCAGAAACGACUUCAUAUACAAGGUUCAAUUACUGAGUCAUUUAUGAUAGAAGUAAGCCAAAAUACUCACCGCAGUUCAUUCUCAAUAGUCUUGACCAAAAUGGAGCCACUAGUGAUCUGAGCUAUUUGAUUGGAGUUGCUCCAGCAGCUUUUGGAGUUCCUGUUUCUCUAUCGAUUGGUACAGCACCGACCUGGGUAACUGCCCCAGCUAAAACAACAGUAUAUGAUUCAGGGGCCACAUUUGUUGCAACCUCCUCACAAGAUGGCCUUGUAUGUGUAUCUUGCUCUGAUAACUGUUGAAACAAAACUGCUUACGCUUGGCAAGUUGUUGAUGGGCUAGAUUGUGAGUCUAGCGCUGCGUAUGGAGCAUGCGUCAAUGUUACAUCAGCAAUUAGUACUUCGUUUGCAGUUUCUGGCCUUGCCCCUGGUACUAUGUACUAUUGCUUCUUCACUGCUUGCAAUACCUACCCAAUUAAUCCUUCUUGCAUUGAUGCUGAACAAGGUAAGGGCUUGGUACGUAUAACAAUUACGACAACUAGCAAUGACAUAGCAGUGUUGAUUGAUCUUUUAUCGGCUAUCUUCUUGAUCUAUAACUAA